CGCACGGAAGAUCUCGAUACCCUCAAAGAAACAUACUUGACUCUCCUGGAACCCAUCACCCAGGGGACCAAACCCUCUUUCGGAACUUACAUGGUUCUUCUACACAUGGCCGAUAUUCUCGCGAGCAAGGGAGUGCAAGUAGACACCAUCACCUUGGGCGACGCAACCAUCAUAUUCAGCCCAACCACGAACACGAAGCGUCAAAUUUUCGAGAUUGGCUCUUGCAAGCCGUCCGAUGUCAUUGGUCUCCGUGCAACUCUCACGAGUCUUCUUCUCAUCUACGGCAACAUCCCGCCUUUUGAAAUUUGGAACCUCGAGCAAGCCAUCAUCGCGGCGCUCAAAGCCUGCAACGAGGAUGUCAUUGUCGGUCCCAUUAUCCCAGGCAAACCCAUCCCCGGCGGGCCUCUCGUUCCGGACAAGCCGGUCCCGGGUGGGCCCAUUGUCACCCAGUCCCCGGUGCCUGGGGGUCAGAUAAAGCCG